GACAUCCUCGCUGACCAAUAGGCGAUGCCGGGUGGCGGCCGUUGGGCUGAGUGGAUGGUAGAGGAAGCCGAGCGGUAACGGGGGACAGAGAGAGAGAGCUGGUCCGAGACCCGUGAGCAACCAUGGGGAACCGGGGGAUGGAGGAGUUGAUUCCCCUCGUCAACAAGCUCCAGGACGCCUUCAGUUCUAUAGGCCAGUCCGCAAACCUUGACUUACCGCAGAUAGCCGUGGUGGGAGGGCAGAGCGCCGGCAAGAGUUCCGUGUUGGAGAACUUCGUAGGCCGAGACUUCCUGCCCCGUGGAUCCGGCAUCGUCACCCGGCGCCCCCUUAUUCUCCAGCUCAUAAAUUCUAAAACAGAAUAUGCGGAAUUCCUGCACUGCAAGUCCAAGAAAUUCACAGACUUCGAUGAGGUUCGGCAGGAGAUCGAAGCUGAAACCGACAGAGUAACUGGAACAAACAAAGGCAUCUCACCGGUCCCCAUCAACCUGCGGGUGUAUUCUCCUCAUGUUCUGAACUUAACCUUGAUCGAUCUUCCGGGCAUCACCAAGGUUCCUAUUGGUGACCAACCCCAGGACAUAGAAUACCAGAUCAAGGAUAUGAUUCUGCAGUUCAUCACCCGGGACAGCUGCCUCAUCUUGGCUGUCACCCCCGCCAAUGCUGACCUGGCCAACUCUGAUGCCUUAAAGAUAGCCAAGGAGGUGGAUCCGCAGGGGUUAAGGACGAUCGGUGUUAUAACCAAGCUGGACUUAAUGGAUGAAGGAACAGAUGCCAGGGACAUCCUGGAGAACAAGCUGCUGCCAUUAAGGAGAGGCUACAUCGGAGUGGUGAACAGAAGCCAGAAGGACAUCGAUGGGAAGAAGGAUAUCCGGGCAGCCCUGGCCGCAGAAAGGAAGUUUUUCCUGUCUCAUCCUGGGUAUCGGCACUUGGCUGACAGAAUGGGAACUCCGCACUUACAGAAGGCCUUAAACCAGCAACUCACCAAUCACAUCCGGGAGACGCUUCCUGCGCUGAGGAGUAAACUGCAAAGUCAGAUGCUUUCCCUGGAAAAGGAGGUUGAAGAAUAUAAAAACUUCCGCCCCGAUGAUCCCACCAGAAAAACAAAAGCUCUUCUUCAGAUGGUGCAGCAGCUCGGAGUGGAUUUCGAGAAGAGAAUUGAGGGGUCUGGCGAUCAGGUGGACACUCUGGAGCUCUCCGGAGGUGCCAGGAUUAACCGGAUCUUUCACGAGCGCUUUCCCUUUGAGCUUGUGAAGAUGGAGUUUGACGAGAAGGAUCUGCGGAGAGAAAUCAGCUACGCCAUUAAGAACAUCCACGGUGUGAGGACAGGUCUCUUCACCCCAGAUAUGGCGUUUGAGGCUAUAGUGAAGAAGCAGGUGAUAAAAUUGAAGGAACCGUGCCUGAAGUGCGUGGAUCUGGUCAUCCAGGAACUCAUCAACACUGUGAGACAAUGUACAACCAAGCUGGCUUCUUACCCCAGACUUCGAGAAGAGAGUGAAAGGAUAAUCACGACAUACGUCCGAGAGCGGGAAGGAAAAACAAAAGACCAGGUUCUUCUUCUGAUAGACAUUGAGCUGUCCUACAUCAACACCAAUCAUGAAGAUUUCAUUGGAUUUGCCAACGCACAGCAGAGGAGCACCCAGCUGAACAAGAAGAGGGCCGUUCCCAACCAGGGAGAGAUCUUGGUCAUCAGAAGAGGCUGGUUAACCAUCAAUAAUAUAAGUAUCAUGAAAGGAGGCUCCAAGGAGUACUGGUUCGUGCUGACGGCCGAGUCCUUGUCCUGGUAUAAGGAUGAAGAGGAGAAAGAGAAGAAGUACAUGCUGCCUCUGGACAACCUGAAGAUCAGAGACAUAGAGAAGGGCUUCAUGUCCAACAAACACAUCUUUGCCAUUUUCAACACCGAACAGCGGAACGUAUAUAAGGACCUGCGUCAGAUAGAACUGGCCUGUGACUCCCAGGAGGAUGUGGACAGCUGGAAAGCCUCUUUCCUCCGAGCUGGUGUCUACCCUGAAAAAGACCAGACGGAUAAUGAAGAUGACGUCCAGGAAAAUACCUUCUCUAUGGAUCCUCAGCUGGAGAGACAAGUGGAAACCAUCCGAAACCUGGUGGACUCCUACAUGGCAAUUGUUAACAAGUCCAUCCGGGAUCUCAUGCCAAAGACCAUAAUGCACCUCAUGAUAAAUAACGCAAAGGAUUUCAUUCACUCGGAGCUCCUGGCGUAUCUCUACUCUUCCACCGACCAGAACAGCCUCAUGGAGGAGUCAGCGGACCAGGCCCAGCGACGAGACGAGAUGCUCAAGAUGUACCAUGCACUGAAGGAGUCCCUGAAUAUCAUUGGUGACAUCACCACUAGCACUAUCUCCACCCCUGUCCCCCCACCCGUGGACGACACCUGGCUGCAGAACUCCUCCAGUGGGCACAGUCCAAAUGUACAGAGGAGACCAAUUUCCACCAUCAUGCCUCCAAGCCGCCCGCCUGCAGUGAGGGGCCCAACUCCUGGGCCCCCGCUUAUCCCUGUACCAGCAGGAGGCGCUGCAUAUCCACCCAUCCCAUCCCGCCCAGGACCUGCGGCUGCUUUCCCUAAUGCUAGCAAUGACCCAUUCUCUGCACCUCCACAGAUCCCAUCCCGGCCAGCUCGUAUACCCCCAGGUGUACCCCCCGGUGUGCCCAGCCGGAGACCUCCCGCCGCCCCAAAUCGGCCCACCAUAAUCCGACCAGCGGAGCCCUCCUUACUAGACUAAGCCUCGGGAGGGGGAGAGUAGAGCAAUUGCAGUCCUUGUUUGGGAGAGGGGAUUUAUGCGCACGGUGUCGAUCUCCGUUUACGACAGACGCCGUGCCGCUCCGGGUGCCUAAUCUGCCGCCGCCAACCGGUUUGCUAGGAAUAGACUUUUUUAUACACCUCCAUGUGAUCCAGUAUGGACCGACAAAUGCUUGCGUGCAAGUAGAUCCCAACUGGAGACCGGGAAAUGGCAGAUGGCGGCCGUCUGGAAUUCAUUACGGCUAUGACUUCUUCAGCUAUUUGGAGGGGGGGGGGGAAACUACAACUCCCAGCAUGCCCUGACAGCCGCAGGCUGUCAGGGCAUGCUGGGAGUUGUAGUUUCCCCCCAAGGGCUGAGCACCACAGGGUGGCAGCCCACUGCUUUUGAGGCACGGAUGCCAAUAGGGUAAAAAUUACUUAACAUCUGCCAUGUGUAAAAUAUAUGACCCCCCUAUACCACCCCUCCCUGUACCCCCCUCUAUGAAUAUUUAAGCAGGUUCUGCCUAUUCCAAGCACGGGGUAUACAGUUUCUAUCGUAAUGAAAUGAUUGUACAGUUUUAAUUUGUUUUUUUUGUGUUUUUUUUUUUUUUUGGUGGAUCUUCCCCCACCACCCCCCCCCCCAAAAAAAAAAAAAUUGCAUUAAUUUUCAUAUAUAUUUAACAAUCUCUAUAAAACCUUUAUAUCCUCCGGAGAUUUUUUUAUUUUUAUUUUUUUUAUUUUUUUUAUUUUUUUUCCCCCUACAGAAUCUAGAGUUGAAAUUCUCUAUAAAUCAGUGCCUUGUAUGCUUUAUAGGUGAGAGGGGUGUAGAGGAGUGGGAAAGGCGGGCAUGGUCGGGUCACAAUGGGGGGGUGACGAUACUCUACAGAUGGCUUGUACUGGGGCGGGAACAUGUUCUGCAGAUUUCGGCAGUAUUUUUUAGGCUACUUGUUGUAAUACUAGAGUUAUGGGAUACGUUCCCGUUUUAGAUGCAAUUCUCCUUCUUCCCUAUGACUUUAAAAUCUUAAUCCUUCCAGUACUAAUCAGCUGCUGAAGUUGAGUUGUUCUUUUCAGUUUGACCACAGUGCUCUCUGCUGACACCUCUGUCCGUGUCAGGAACUGUCCAGAGCAGGAGAGAUUUGCUAUGGGGAUUUGCUCCUGCUCUGGACAGUUCCUGAGAUGGACAGAGGUGUCAGCAGAGAGCACUGUGGACAGAAAGAAAAGAAAUUAAAAAAAAAAAGCACUUCCUCUGUAGUAUACAGCAGCUGAUAUGUACUAGAAGGAUUAAGAUUUUUUUAUGGAAGUAAUUUGCAAAUCUAUUUCUUUCUGGCACCAGUUGAUAAAAAAAAAAUUGUUUUUCACCGGAGUAUCCCUUUAAAGGGGUUAUCCAGGAAAAAAGUUUUUUUUAAUAUAUC